GAUGUAGGGCUAAACCCUACACUGCCAUGUAAAAAAGCAGUCACAGCGCAGUGGUCUGCGGCUGGUGCCCCCUCCGCCCGAGUCCUGCGUCUUAGGCUUCACGCUCGCUCUCGAAUUUCACUCUUCAGGUUCGCCCAUCAACAGAAACGAAUUCCACCCAUACUACAAAAUGACUAAGCGCACUAAGAAGGUCGGAAUCACCGGAAAGUACGGUGUCAGAUACGGUUCGUCGCUCCGAAGACAAACGAAGAAGCUCGAAAUCCAGCAGCACUCGCGUUACCUUUGCUCUUUCUGCGGAAAGAACUCCGUCAAGCGAUGUGCCACCGGUAUCUGGAAGUGCAAGUCGUGCCACAAGACCAUGGCUGGCGGUGCCUACACCCUUUCGACCACCAACGCUGCCACCGUCAGAUCGACUAUCCGUCGUUUGAGAGAGUUGUCUGAGGUCUAAAUGGGAAAAAUAGCAUGUGUUUUUGUAUUUCAUGUAGUAUAAAAAAGGUUAGGGAUCCCGUUGGGUAAUGCGCACUUCACAAAAUAUACAUUUUAUAAAGAA